AUGCGCGCCGGUGACUCCAGGGGGGAUUGUGAGGAGAAGAUGGGCAGUCACAAAUAUCGCUCCCUCUCCACAUGCAUGAGUGCCUCUCCCUCCCCUUGCCAGGUGGAGGAGUGUGAGGAGAAUGUGGGGAAGCUGAGGAAGCUGAGAUUCGAGGCGGAGAACAAGUUUGACGCGACGCAUGCGAUGGGGGAGAAGAUGAAGGAGAAGAUGGCCGAGUGUGAGGAGACCACCGCCAAGAACGCUGCUGAGCGGGAGAAGGAGAAGAGCGAACUGAUGGCACAGGUACAUGAGCUGGAGAACAAGGUGAAGGAGCUGCAAGCGAAGCUGGGCAUCAGUGAGGACAGCAGCACCAGUGAUGACACCAGCAGUGACGGCAACACCAGUGACAAGUAA